AUGAGGGUGGGUGUGAGGGGUGGUUGGGGGGGGUGGGAAGGGAAGGGGGUUGUAGGAUGGGGUUGUGGGGGGGUGAGUGGGGGGUGUUUGAUGGUUUGGGGGGGUGGGGUGUUAGUGGGGGGGGGGGUGUUGGUUUGGUUGGGGGUUUGUGGUUUUGUGGUUUGGGGGUGGUGGGGUUUGUUUUGGGUUGUUUUUGUGGGGUGGGGUUGGGUUGUGGGGUUGUUGUUGGGUGGUGUGGGGGGGGGGUGGGGUGUGUGUGAUGUGGGGGGGGUGGUGGGGUGUAGUUGGGUUUGGGGGUUGUGGUUUGGGGGUGUGUGGUGGUGUGUGGGGUGUGGGGGGGGGGGGGGGUGGGGGGGUGGGGGGGGUUUGGUGGUUGGGGGGGUGUUGGGGGGGGGGUUGUGGUGGGGGUGGGGGGGGGGGGGUGGGGGUGGUGUGGGGGGGGGGGGGUUUGGGUGGGGGGGGUGGUGGGGGGGGGGGGUUGGUGGUGGGGGGUGUGGGGGGGUUUGGGUUGGGUGGUUGUGUGGGGGGUUGGGUGUGUGUGGGGGGUUGGUGGGGGGUGGGGGGGGGGUGGGUGGGUGGGUGUGGGGGGGGUGGGGUGGGGGGUGGGGGGGGGUGGGUGGUGGGUUGGGUGGGUGGGGGUGGUUGGUUUUUGGGGGUGGGUGUUGGUUGUGGUGGUGGGGUGGGUGUGUGUGGUGUUGGUGUUUUUUUUGUGGUUGUGGUUGUGGGGGUGUGUGUGGUGGGGGGGGGGUUUUUGGGGGGGGGUGUUUUGGGGUGGGGGGUUGUGUUGGGGUGUGUGGGGGGGGGUGGGGGGGGGGGGGGUUGGGGUGUGGUGUUUGUGUGUUGGUUGGGUGUGGUUGGGUUGUGUUGUGGGGGGUGGUGGGGUGGUGGGUUUUGGGGGGGGGGGGGGGGUUUUUUGUGGUUGGGGGUGUGUGGGGGGGGGGGGGUGGUUGGUUGUUUUGGGGUGGGGGGGGGGGGGUGGGGUUGAAGUUUGGUGGGGGGUUUGUGGGGGGGUGUGGGGGGGUGGGUGGGGGGGGUGGGGUGGGGGUGGGUGGUGGUGGGGGGUGGGUUUUUGUUGAUGUUUGUUGGGUGGGGUUGGGGGGUGGUGGGGGGGGGGGUUGGGGGGUGGGUGGUGUUGUGUGGGUGGGUGGGGGUGGGGGGUGGGUGUGGGGGGGGUUGGGGUGUGUUUUUGGUGGUGGGGGGGGGGGUGUGGGUGGGUGGGUGUGGGUUUGGGGUGGUGGUGGGUGGGUGGGUGGGGUGUUUGUUGGGGGUGUGGGUGUGGGGGGGGGGGUGGUUGUGGGGUUGUGUGGGUUGUGUGUUGGUGGGUGGGGGUGGGGUGUGUGUGGGUGUGUUGUUGGUUGGGGGUUGGUUGGUUUGUGUUGGUUUUGUUGUGUGUGGUUGGGUGUGUUGGGUUUGGGGGGGGUGGUGUGGGGUUGGUGUUUGUGGUGGGGGGUUUGGGUUUGUGUUGGGGGGGGGGUGUGUGGGGGGGGUGUUGGGGGUGUUGUGGUGUUGGGUGGUGGGGGGUGGGGGUGGGUUGGGGGUUGGGUGUGUGUUGGUGGGUUUGUUGGUGGUGGUUGGUGUGUUCUGUUGGUGUGGGGUGGUUGUUUGGGGGGUGGGGGGUGUGGGGGUGGGUUUGGGGGGGGUUGGUGGGAGUGGUUGGUGUUGGGGUUGUGUUUGGGGUGUGGGGGGGGGGGGUGUGUGUUGGUGGUUGGGGGUUUUGUGGGGUGGGGGGUGGGGGGGGGGGGUUUGUGGUUUGUGGGUGGGGUGGGGGGUGGGGUGUUGGGGGGGGUUGGGGUGGGGGUUUGGUUUGGGGUUUGGGGUUGGGGUGGGGGUGUUUGGGGGGGGGGGGGUGUGGGGUUGGGGUGGUUGGGGGGGGUGGUGUGGGUUGUGGGGUGUGUUGGGUGUUUGGGGUGGGGUGUUGAGGGGGGGUGUGGUGUGGGUGUUGUUGUGGGGUGGGGGUGGGGGGGGGGUGGGGUUCCCCCUUGUGGGUAUUGUUUGUAUCUUGUGUUUGUCCAUGCAGAGCUACCGUAG